AUGCUCAAGCUCUCUCAGUAUGGCGUCGAGAUAAACGGGCAGGUCAGACGAGUCUAUGUUCACGUCCAAGCUCUGAUACAAAAUGACCUCAGAAUUGUGCCCACGCCGCCAGAAGAUAGGGUGGACACGCGACUGUAUCAGAUGUUCUUCGUCUGGUUCACUGUCAAUGCAAAUAUCCUACAAUUCAGCGCAGGGUCUGUGGGUCCUGUCGUUUACGGGUUGGGCAUGAGAGAGUCUUUGCUUACUAUCCUCGUCACCGAUAUCCUCUCAAGUGCGAUCCCCGCUUACCUUGCUGUAUUUGGACCGAAACUCGGCACACGUGCUAUGGUGCUGUCUCGCUUUUCUUGGGGAUAUUACGGAGCCGCUAUACCUAGUAUCCUUAAUGUGAUUUCCAUGGAAGGAUAUCUGAUCCUGAAUUGCAUAUUGGGGGGCCAGACGCUAGCAAGUGUAUCAGAUCACCUGAGUCCAACCCUGGGUAUUGUGAUCAUAGCCCUUGUUUCCUUUGCUAUUACUUUUUGCGGUUACAAAGUCGUCCAUCUAUACGAGAUGGUUUGUUGGAUUCCCAAUAUCAUCACCUUUAUCGUGAUGCUGGCCGUCGGAGGGAAGAACCUUAUCAAUACCCCUUUGUCAACCGGCGAUGCAGCUAGUGCUUCUUCAAUCCUGUCCUUCGGCGCGGUAGUCGCUGCAUCAGUUAUCAGUUGGAGCACUGUCACUCCCGAUUAUGGGGUCUACCACGACUCGAAGGACUUGGCUCUUCUCAUCCAUGCACGCGAAGCUAAACGUCUUGAUGGUCAGUUAAUUGGACAUCUCAUGGGGGCCGCUUUCGCCGCGGGCGCACCCUCCGUUCCCUCAUGGUCAGAGGGCCUUUCAAACGGUAGUUCGAUCGGUGGACUGAUCGGAGCUACCCUCUCACCAUGCGGCAACUUUGGGAAAUUCCUAACGGUCUUGCUGGCCCUCACAGUCCCCAGCCCUUCGUCCGUGACGAUGUACACGACGUGUACGAGUUUCAUGACGAUCUCUCGCCUAUUUGCAAAGAUUCCAAGAAUUCUGUUGGCCAUGGCGUCCACUGCAGUCUUGAUUCCAGUAGCUAUAGUCGGUGCGAACAGCUUCUACGCCACUGCCGUCGAUGUCCUCAAUAUGAUCGGCUACUGGAUGGCACCUUACUCCGCCAUCAUCCUAGCGGAACAUUGGUUCUAUCGCAAAAUCACCUUUGGGGCAUACAACGUCAAAAACUGGGAUAACCCACGCAGAUUGCCUCUUGGAGCUGCCGCCAUCUUCGUCUUUCUAGCUUCAUUUGGCAUCAUCGUCCCAUGCAUGUCGCAAGUUUGGUAUACAGGACCUAUAGCAAAGGCGGGUACGGGGGAUAUCGGGAUGGUAACGAGUUUUAUAUUUGCGAUGUUGGUGUAUCCUGCGCUACGGACGCUGGAGGGUGUGAUUACUACCAGGUGGAGAGGCGUCGAUUCUUGAGCAUAGCCUCUCAAUGAGUACAGUUCAAACUCAAGGAAGAAACCGCUCGAAAGCACUAUCUAUCUAUUGCUAUAAAGGGCACUGGAAUAUAGUAUGUAUCUAGAGAAUAAUAUAACUAUACAUCUGUGAAUGAAGGAAUCGAAAUCCAGCCGGAAAGUAAGGAGACAGGGACUCAUCACGAAAAACAGUAAGUCAGAGUAAAGUACGUUCAUUGAGAUAGGUAUAGUUCCAGAAACGCACACUAGGGAUAUCCUUUGUGUAUGAACACAAACUGUCGGGAAAAAGAUUCGGGCAUAAUAAAUUGAAAGAUAUCGAAAAAAGAGAUCAGGAAACAUGAGACGUCUUAUGACCGAUAAAACUGCCAGAACUCUGUGCCAUUUUGACCAUUGCUUGGGUCUUGAGCCCAGACUUGCGUCAUGGACGGUGGUAAUUCGGCAGGGAAUGGCUGAUGAGGGGUGCGACUGUGGUCUGGAGGCUCGACACCAAACAUAGUCAUAUGUGGCUUUUCAGAAGAAUAGGUGUACAUUGCGUCGCGUGGAGGGUCGGUAUGCAUAUUUCCAGGGCCUCCUGGGUUGCCCCGCCCAUCACCGUUCGUAUCUAUCGAGAUAGUAGAGUUCACAUUCAUGGGACCCAAGGUUAAGUUCUGGGGGUUCAUCGAUCGUUCAUAAGUGGAGUCAUAAGAAUAGUAGCUUUGUUGAGGAGGAUUCGGGAGAGGCUCUCUGUACGGCGUAGAUCUUGGAUCAGGUGCAGGAAUAUUGGGUACAUAAGAAGGACCACCACUACCACCGUAUGGUGAAUUGGCGUUCGAAAGCUGACCACUGGAGCUAGUACCAGGGCCGCCAUUAUAAGAUGCUGGGCUGGAUGAGCCAAAGGUGGGGGCAUGCGUGGGAUCAUACAUUGAAGCAGGUUGCGGAGGGGUGACUGCAGAGAAGUUCUGCGAGCUUCGUCCAUUUUGGCCGUGCUCGUUAAUGCCGAAUUUGCGGCGAUUGAGUGUGUCCACGUUCAUUUGUCCAUGCUCAGCCCCACCGAACGGUAACGAAUAGUCCAUCUUUGCACCAGUCGAAGGUUCCUGCGACAAAGGAGGCGGCAUCCUCACGUCAGAGGAUGACGGAGGGCAGAAAGGUGACGAAUCUUGAUUUGAAGAAGGCUGAUGGUGGUAGCUAGCAUUCUCAGGAACGGGAGUAGGCGCAUGGGAUGACGUCUGGGAAGGCGGUGGGACAAAAGAUACCAACGAAGGCGCCUGCAUCCUAGGCUCAGGCUCAAUAUUGAAGUCAGAUGACGCAGAUGUUGGAGUCACACGCUGCCUUGUCAAAGGUGACGGUUCCUUGCCUGGACGCACGCGAAUACCAACGGUAGGAUAGGGUGCCUUCUUGUGCUUGUCCUUUGUUUUUGAGCACUCGCUAGAAGCAGUUGAACCACGCCUAUAGUCACCCGAUGAUACGACAGAUGUAGCAGGACGUUUGGGGAUAUCCUUAACACAAGACUCAGGGAUUUGAUCAAGAUGUCCAAUACUUGCAGUAGCUGAAGCUGGUGGUAAAGUCGUUGCAGGAGCAUCCGAUGGACAAGGCGAGCGGGCUGACGUUACGGCUGCACCUACGUAAGGGAACUGGAAAUCGGUAAGGAGCUGCUCAGCAUCCAUAUCCACUUCGUCAUGUUUCCUUUUCAUUCCUGCAGCGCACGGAUCGCUCCCUCCAGUUCGCGCAGCCUCUGCCCUUUUCUUCAUGAUUUCCACGAUCUUGACAGCCUCGCUUACAUUACCCUCGACACCACCUCUCAUAGAGCCACGCCCUGUCACGAUUAAAGUAUCACGCAUCACCUCCAAAGCCGCAUUAACAUC